AGUUUCAAAAAUGAAAUUCAUUCACUUUGGGUGUAGUAUGUUGAAAAAAGACAACAUUUCAAAACACGAAAAAUCAAAAGGUAAUAAAAAAGAAUGACAAUCAAUAUUAAAAUGAAUAUACAUGAACAAUUUUUAUAUUAUUAAUAAUAUAUUAAAAAUAACAAUAAUAUUUUGUUAUGUUCAUAAUAAAUAUAUAUUGACACUUUUCAAAAUGAGCUUUUUGUUUUGAAAUUAAGCAUAUUUAAUUUUGUUUAUUUCAGAUCACAAAGAGGCCUCACAAGCUUGAAGUCUGAAAACAUCAAUGACAAAUGUGCAGGCUGCAGCAAUAUCCAAAAGAGAAGCAGCUGUAGUGUCGGCUAUGACUAAUGUGUACUUUGCUGCACAACAUACUCUCGCAUCAUCGCUGGUUCCAGACCUUUCACAUAUUGUGUGUCUCGCAGGGUGCAACCCAGCUCAAUGACCUUCGAGUCGACAGCCACACGUCAUAUGAACACAGCUCCAGUGUGUCGGAAUUUCAAAACUGUAUGGCAGACGUUCUGAGGAGUGAUCUUCUCCAGAAGAUACAGACAUCAUGCAAGUACAGUAUCAUGAUCGAUGAGAGUACAGACAUUUCAGUGAAGCAAAAUUUAGUGACCUAUGUUAGACUUUUGGAAACUGAUGAGUUUGGAAUGGCUGAACUUCAAAGAGCAAAUGCGGAGAGCAUAUAUGAGAAUGUAGUUAAUUUGCUUGGUAGAAAGGGAAUUGACAUUUAACAUCUCUCAGAAAUUCUAUUUAAAUUGAAAACUUGGAGAACUUGUUGAUUUUGUCCAUAGACAGCCCACCAAUGGAAAUGUUUGAUUUCAAACGUGCUUUCAAGAUUUGGACUGGAUUGAAGUUGAGGCGAAUUAUGGCCUUCUGCUAAAAUGUAUGUUCAGGAUAUCAUGUGCUCAUGUAAUGUAAAUUUAUCCUAUGCUUAUUUUAUGAACAUGUGCUUGAGUUAUGAUGUAUGUACUUCUAUAAAUGGUUUGUUGUAAACUGUUUAUUUUUGUUAUGCACACAUGAUGAUUAUAGUAAUAAACAUAUUAAAGCUUUGUUUUGUAGUUUCUUCUUUUACACCCCUUAGCCUAGACUUACAACAGGUGGUUCCUAAUGCUUUGCUAAAACUUUUGCUACAGUUUCUAAAAUUUGGCUACAAAAAAUUACAUUUGGCUAAAAUGUUGGCUAAAGAAAUUUUUGGGCCAGGGGGAGCCCUGAUCGUAUAUGAGUCACCUGGGGUCAAAAAUUAGGUCACCGGGCCAAUGCUAGUAAAACCUUGUGUAGAUGAAAGAGGUCACAGUUUUCAUCACGUCUUAAUGAAAUUUUGUUAGAAUGUAUUAAUUAAUGAAAUCUGGCUUGGGAUUGUAUAUGGGCUGAUAGAAUUUAAGUUGAUGUGGCAAGGUUAGUCAGGUGAGCGAUUUAGGGCCAUCAUGGCCCUCUUGUUUAUUUGUUCCAUUAAUGAUAAUCAAUACAAAGAAUGCAUCUUUACUUACAGUCUUUAGUUUUAUUUUGCUUGUUUGAAUGGUAGGUUUAGUUGUUUGUUGCAUGUUGCACAACGCGCUUAUGGUGAGCUUUUGUGAACGUCUUUUGUCUGUAGUCUAUUGUGUUUAUGCAAUACUCAAGGGGCCACAUUUAUUUUCUGUUGUACAUGAAACUUUGUCAGAAGAAUGGUCACAGUGAUAUCUUGGUGAUAUCUUGGCUGAGUUAAAAAAAUGGUUUUGAGAUUAUGAGAUUGAUAUAUAACAAGCUGAUAUUGAGAUUAUAUUGGUAGAUUAAUAAACUACAGGGCUUGACAUUUACUUUGAAAUCCACUUGUCCAGUUAAAAAAACUCACUUAAACUGUGGAUGGAGUGUCAAUUGUUAACAAUGUUU